UAGACCUCCCCCACUGCAACUUGAGACCAUUGCCCCUUGUUCUGUCAUCUCUUACUACUGAAAACAGCCAAGCUCCAUCCUCUUUGGACUUGGAUGAUGACAAACUGAUGCACCCCUUUCUAGAAAUGUUACUACAUUCUCCCCAGCAUCCUUUCUCCCCCAACCUUUUCUGUGGUGGUCAAGUCAUCCUGACCCACUAGGCAAUUGCUUGGUGGUAUUUUGAGUGGUGGUAUCUGGGGCUUAGUUGGAGGGCCAAGUCACAUUAGUGAUGGUCAGCUGGUCUCCCUGGAGCUGUUGAAAAUCCACCAGUUCAUCCCUUAUCCUAGAUGAGUACCGUAACCACUGGGUUACUGGCUAUUCAUGGGUUGGGCUUCUCUAUCUCUCAUUUUCUGUGAAGUUUUUCCAGAAGACCAGGUUUCAUCCCAAUAUAGAAUGGGAAAAUAUUUUGAAAUCUUGAAAAUGUUCAGGGGAUGGGAAAUCCUUUUCCUACCCAGGUCUACUCUGUACCCACUGCCAUAGGGAUUGAGGAAUAUCCAAGCUGAAAUCACACCUUGGAAUGGCACAUAGAUAGACCCAAUCAGAAAAAAUAUUUUUAGAACCUGUUUGCAAAUCUACAUUUGAGGUAACAAGUUUGUACAUAUCAUUUUCUAGUAAUGAAGUGAUGGACUUUCUAUGAGCUUCUAUUGUCCAGGAGGGUGCUGGGCAGUACAAGAUGCAUGUUUUUGGGACAAAUCUGGAAAUGAGAAUUUGCUGGUGUCACUCUGCAAUUUAAUUCAGGAGUGACUGGUUAAAAUACUCAUAUAAUUCAGGUGGGAAUGUUUUUGCAUGAUAGAGGUUGCAGACUGGAGGAGACACAGGUCUUCAACCACGCAGAUUGAACUCUGGGGAAUGUCACAGUGGUGCAGUGAGCAGGGUAUAUGCACAGGCUUGUUGUUUUGAAUGAGGGUUACACUUUAAGAACUGGCAUAUAUAGCGAUUUUAAGUGAGACUCAAGUGUGGGGACUGGAGACAGUCAAAGAAGGGUUACACAGUUUGUUGUGUUCUGUUUGCUUAUUUCGGGAAAGGGAAAUAGGAACAGUAAAGCAAAAAAGUGAGUGAGAGUGAAACUGCAAAGUUAGAGUGGUCCAGAUUACAGGCACAGGAAAAAGAGAGACUGCCAGCAUCAGAUAUGUGAUGCAAAAAUAAGACAGAAAGAAGCAGAGAUGAGAGAAAAGGAGUUGGAGCUGAAGGAGGAAGAAGCAGCAGCUGCGCUGGAAGCUGAAGCCCAUAAUCGAGCCAUGGAGUGAAGACAAGAGGAAACUGAGGCUAUUAAAAGAGCUGUGGGGUCCUCUAGCUCUGGGAUUCUGUAUUGGUGAAGUAACUGAGGGACAGUUGGGCCCACCCUGCCCUUUAUACGCUCAGGUAUUCUGGAUAUAGGUGUGGCCAAAACAGACACUGCUGCCCCCCCCCAAAAAAUUCUUGCAAAUAUGGGGCAGGUGCACAGUGGUAGUGGGAUCAAUGUGUACAAUACAUCUCAAAGAACCACAGUUGCUGUAAGGGAAGUAACCAUUCGUUUCAACAUUUCCAAAGCAACAUAUUUGGAAAUUUUUUGUUCUGCAAAUUGAUUUUGCAUUUUGACUUUUCAUUCCAGUUUGUAACAGAAACUAAUUUUAAAAUGUUGAGAUUUCCCAUGGAAUGAAAACUCUGUUUUCCAAACAACUGUUCCUGCCACCAUUGAUCACCGCCCCUUCUGGCUCCACUGUCCCUGGUUCCUAGGUGCCAAUUUGUUGUCUCUACCAGAUAAGCUAUUACCACAUGCCAUAGCUUCACCAUCUCUGCUCUCAAUGCAUCAUGGUCCUGAUUUUCAGAAGACUUCAAUACAUUAGGAUCAGAGCUCUUUAGAGUAUCACAGUAUGCAGGUGCUGAGUACUCAAAAAUCUAGGCUGUUUUGGAAAUUUGUCUCUAUGUGUAUAACUUUGUCUGUUGACUUAAAUUUUGUUUCCAUUCAGGAAAUAUCAUCAGAUGAAAUCAUGAUACAGGAUAUAAUUAAAAUACUGGAAUCAAUUCCUCCCCAGGUGUGGGCAGACCUCAUUGAAACAUGCAAUCAAAGGUUGGAGGAAAACGAAAGGAUGCUCAGACAAAGAGAAGAAGAGAUAAAAAAGUCUGAAGAUGAGCUUCUAAACAUCCAAAAGAAAAGGAAAGGUAUUGAAGAGAGCACUGUGCAAAUGGAAGAAUUCAAAAAGGAUGGAAAUAAGCUAGAAAAUGAGAAGAAAGAGCUGGAAAGGAAGAGGGAUAACUUUAAAGAGGAGAGGGAUAAGCUUCUAAAGGAAAUGAAAAAACUAAUAUUCUUCAAAGAAAUUAUUGAGAAACCAAUUAAUGAUCCAAAGGGCAUCAGAAGCACCUUGAACAGAUGCGAGCAGGUGAAAGAUCAGCAAACAGUGGAGAUUUUGCAUGAACUGGAAGAGAACCUGAGCACUUUGCACCAACUUGGCAUUGUUCCUGAGGAGAUUCUGAAGAAAUUUAGAGCUGUUUUAAAUCCAAAACAGGGACCAGAAACUCAGCAUGCCACAGUCUCAGGGAAGAAGAAACUUUGUCCAGAUUGUGAAGUUCAGGAGCAGGAGGCUGACAUUGAGCAAGUCCUAGAGGCUCAGGAGAGAGAUCCUGUCACAGAAAGAAGUAAAGCAUUUCAAGAUAUUCUGUCCAGAUUAAACCUGGAGAAGCACAGAAGCAGGAAGAUCAGGUUGAGGGAUGUAUUGGAAAUCUGCCCAGAAAGCAUCAAGAACAGGAUUCCAGAGGCAGUAGGUGAUUUACCGUGGCAUUUCCUGAGGAAGGUCAUGGCCCUGAAUGGGACGGCCAGAAAUACAAGCAUUGGGCACAAGGCACCUGAAGAAGAAAUGGGUGAUGAUGAGGAGGAGCUGCUUAUUGACGGCAAUUUCUGUGACAGUGAUGCUGAGGUGAAAGUUUCUCUGCACCCCCUUGAUGUUCUCUGUGCUGUUCUGCUUUGCUUAGACAGUUUCCUACAGCAGGAGAUCCUGUCCAAAAUGUCCAUAUGCCAGUUUGCCCUCCCUCUGCUGCUCCCUGCCCUCGACACCCCCAAGUGCACCCUAAUGCUGUGGGCCAUGAGGGACAUUGUGAGGAAGUGGAGGCCGCACUCCCUGGCAGAGAGCAGAGGGUUCAGAGAGGAGAGCCUGGUGCUCACUGCAAUGCCAACCAUUUCCUUUGUGCGGAUGGGGAGCUGCAGCUUCUCCAAGUCCAGACUCCUCAAUGAGGUUCUCAGCCCCUCCCAGCAGCAUCACGAUUUCUUUAUCCAUCACGACAUGGAGUCUGGGAACGUCCCUCGGGAAAUCGCAGAUGGGCUGGUCGAGAUUUCCUGGUAUUUCCCUGGUGGGAAGGAGAAUUCAGAUCUUUCCCCAGAACCCAUUGCGGUUACAAAUCUUCGUGGAGACAUUGAGUUCCAGUGGCUGCAGUUUAGCUUUUUAGCAAAAGUAUCUUCAGCAGUCCUCAUAUUUACUGAGAGCAUAAGUGAGAAACAAUACACAUUGUUAUCAUCUCUGAAAGAAUCAACAGCUAAAUAUUACUUCAUCCUCAACUGCAAGAAGAAACCCCCCCCAGAAACUCUGGGAUUUCUUAACAAGCUGGCCCCUGUGCUGAAGUUGAGCAAAUCACAAUUACUGGUGAAAGAAAGCACCACCAAUAAUGCAGGAUUUGUGAAAAAGGUGCAGUCCACUAUUGGAAGCAUAGUGAACUCAUCUCCCAAGACAGUGAGUUUGGAAGCCAUGGCUGUGAUGGCACGUGACCUAGGAAUCCAGGUGGAUGAGGACUGUCAGGCAUGUCAGCAUGCGAAGAAAUGUGCUGAAGAAAUAACUGCAGAAAUAGAAGAUAUGGCAAAAUACAAAAGGGAAAUGCUCAGACUCCAAGGGGAUCCAUGGAAAAAAUUGGCUAAAGUGGAAAAAGAGAUGUGCCGAAUGAAAAGUCAAGGGGACAUGGCUACUGAAGACUAUACAUCGCAGCUGAAAAAGGAAUGGUUAGAAAUACGCAGACAGCAGAAUCAGUGUGACCUUACUAAUGGCUUGGUUAAGUUUAUUAAUGGAGUACGGCAGUUAAAUCCAGUGGAGAAACAUUACUUCCUGAAAUGGAUUAAAUUCAGCCUGGAUAACACUGCUAGGGAGAAUCUUUCUAAAAUGCGGGCGGAGUAUAAAAAGAAAUGUGAAACUCCAGGAGUGGACCGAAAACAGCUGGAAAAACUAGAUAAAUUAAUAUCUGACAGUUCCCUGGGGGUGGAGCAUUUCAUGCGUGAGUUGGGGCAGUUCUAUGAGGCUGAAUGCUCAAUGGUUAAAGAAGGUAAAAUGGCAGAAAGCCAAAGACAAUUCAUCCAUCUCCCAGCCAUAGCAGCUGACUUGAUGCUGGAAGGGUUUCCUAUGGAGCUGAUUGAUGGAGAUGCCUCCAACAUCCCCAUGAACUGGGUAACCGAUGUUCUGACUCAUGUCAAUACCAGACUAGGGCAAGGAUCCAGAAUGGUGGUUCUAACGGUGCUGGGAGUGCAGAGCACUGGGAAAUCCACCCUCCUCAACACCAUGUUUGGCCUGCAGUUUGCAGUGAGCAGUGGCCGAUGUACGCGAGGAGCCUUCAUGACACUCAUUAAAGUUACAGAAGCUGUUCAGAAGCUAAGUGGCUGUGAUUUCAUCCUGGUGAUAGACACUGAAGGUCUGAAGGCCCCUGAACUAACGGCACUGGAAGACAGUUAUCAACAUGACAAUGAGCUGGCCACUCUGGUGAUUGGAUUGAGUGACAUAACGAUCGUUAACAUGGCCAUGGAGAAUGCCACAGAAAUGAAGGAUAUUCUGCAAAUUGUGGUCCAUGCCUUUCUCAGAAUGGAGGAAAUAGGACAAAAGCCAAACUGCCAGUUUGUGCAUCAGAACGUCAGUGAUGUGUCUGCUCAUGAUCAAAACAUGAGGGACAGGAAACACCUCCUGGAGCAGCUGAAUGAAAUGACCAAAGCUGCAGCAAGGAUGGAAAAACAAAGCAGGGAAAUGGCAUUUUCUGAUAUUAUGGAGUAUGACCCAGAAAAACACAAUUGGUACAUCCCUGGCCUGUGGCAUGGAGUCCCUCCCAUGGCUCCAGUAAACACUGGAUACAGUGAGAGUGUGUGUGAGCUAAAGAAAUACCUGCUUGAAUUCAUAGAGAACCGUUCACGGGAAAGAGCUGUAAAGGAUAUUCCUGAUUUUAUUGAAUGGGUGAGGAGCCUGUGGAACUCAGUGAAACAUGAAAACUUCAUCUUUAGCUUUAGAAACAGCCUUGUAGCUGAAGCCUAUAACCUGCUUUCUAUGAAGUAUUCUGAAUGGGAGUGGGAUUUCCGCAAGGAGAUGUAUCUCUGGAUAUCCGAAAAAGAAACUUUCAUCCAGAAUCAGCUGCCAGAGAAACUAGAGGGAGAUCUCUUACACAGCUUAAAAAUUGAAGCACAAGGGAAACUACAGCAGGAAGAACAGAAGCUCUUGGAUAAUGUAGAACAGUAUUUUAAAGGUGAAGCUGCAAAUUUGAACCUGAUAGAAAAGUACAGAGAAGAUUUCAAAAGGAGCGCAAAUAGCCUCAAAAGAGAACUUGAAAGUUAUUCAAUCAGUAAAUGUGAGGAAGCAAUUCGAAUCCAAAGAGGACAGCACAAGAUAGACACUAUCCAGUCUGGGUACAGACAAACAAUUGAAGGGAAAGUUGACAGACUCUUGGCUGAAUGCCGGAACAGAAAACAUAAACUAGAUAAUGAGAAACUGAAAAUAGAAUUUGAAACAAUGUGGCGAAAAACCUUGUCAGAGUUAAAGCUCAGUAGUUUACAGAAACGUCAAAUUGUUCAAGAUAUGGAUCUCCAGCUGAGAAAGGAUCUGGAGCACAGAGGGAGUGCUGUCAAUCAGAUGCUACAACAUGCAAAAAGCCUGCAGUGUUAUAGAAUGGAAUCUUUCACAAUGAAAAAGAAAUAUUUAGACCUAAAAUGGGCCAGAGCAGUUGUAGAAUACUUCUCACAGCAAUGUUACUGUAAAACUGAAGAGCUUGCUCUAUCUUUAAUGAAGGAAUGCAAAAAAUACAUUGAAGAAAAAGUUAAAUCCAAAACAGACUAUGAUGAAACCUAUUGUGGAGAACUGCUGCAUAUGGUUAAUGAGAGGUUAAAAGAAGAGGAUAUUGAGAAACUUCACACUUCUCCUUUGUUUGAAGUUGCCCUGAAGCAUCACAUUUUGGGGGAAGCAGCUCCUGCAUUUCAAAAGAUGCAUGAAGAUUUCAUCAAAGAAAAUGAUCCUCAGCAACGACUGGAGAAGCUGAAACCUCAGUAUUUGAAGACAUUUAAAGCUCUUUACUUGGAAAAGGAUGAAAGCCAAACCAUGGCCGGGGAUUUCUGUGAUCAGUGUCUCAAACCUGCCCUGGUAGAAUAUGUGUACAAGGCUCUUGGAGUGCAAAUAGUGGAUGACAUUCUCAGCAGUGAGCAAUCCAUUACAUACAGCAACCGGAGCUUUUUUCAGUUUGAGCUACUGAAGAAUCUGUUGAAGAACAACUUUGAAACGUAUGUGAAAUACAUCAGUGAAUAUGAAGAUUUUGUCAAAACCUGGAUAAGGACACAGCUUUUGGAGCGCUACAGCAAGAUGGCAAACUUGGGGGAGACAGAGGGAAAGAUUCUGUCCCCAGUGAUAAAAAAAGUCAGGGAGGCUCUUGAAUGUACCAGUGUUACAGAGAACAAUACAGUCUCUGACUUUUUAGAUUCUGUUUGCAAAGAGCUGCAGAAGGACCUAGUCAUUUCCAGGGAUAAUUUAGUGGGGAUAGGGUUUAUAAAUACAGCAAAUGCUAAACAGUUUUCUGAUUUUAUACCAACUUUUCUUCCUGCUCUGGAACAACAAGUCUUAGCUGAACUGAAAAGUACAGAAAUUGAGACAAAACUCUCUAAACUGUCAGUGAAGCCUGAGGCUGAAAUCUUCAAGCGAGUGUUUGGCUGUGGAAAGCAGUGUCCGUUCUGUAAGGUCCCCUGUGAGGCAGGAGCCCCUAGUCACAAAGAGCACUUUGCAUCAGUGCAUCGCCCUCAAGGAUUAGGGCAAUACAGGAAAGUGUGUAAUGAAAAGCUUGUCUAUGAUAUAUGCUCCUCUGCUGUAGUUGGCAAUGGUACAUUCCAAAAUUCAGACACGGAAUGGAAUGCUCAUCCCUACAAAGAGUAUCGUGACUAUUACCCAGACUGGCACAUUCAGCCAGAUCCCAGCAGAGAAGCUUCCAAUUACUGGAAGUUUGUUUUUCAGAAGUUCAAUCAGGAGUUUGCUGAACAGUAUAACGCUAAACCAGCUGAUCUCCCAGAGGACUGGGGCACGAUAACUGAAGAUCAGGCACUGGAGAGCAUAAAACAAGUUUUUAACAUGAAAUAAGUAACUUGCUGUGAGUCUGUUUAAAUGGGGUGGACGACAUUGUGCUUGAGAUCCACUAAUAUAUCACCAGGGCAGAGCACAAACUCCAAGUUAAUUAAUUAGAAGAAAAACCUCUCCAAUAGAUACAUAGGGUUACCAUACGUCCGCUUUUUCCCCGGACAUGUCCGGCUUUUUGGUAAUUAAACCCUCGUCCGGGGGCAAUUUCCAAAAAGCCGAACAUGUCCGGGAAAAAUACUCCCUGGCUUACCUUAGA